AUGGAGAUAUGUUGGACUCAGCGUGCAAGCUUAGCAGAAAGCUCUGACUCUGCUGCUGGAUGAUGACCAGCUGGAGAAGCAGCUCCAACAGACGGCCCCACUGCAGGACGGGAGCUCCAUCACAGAGCUGUGCAGGAGAGGCAACACUGAGGUAAGACAAAGAGCUCAACAAUGACUACAAUGCUUUAUAUUAUUUAUAAAUCAGGAGAUUCAACAGUCUCUGAGUGAGCGUACUUGACGAGAAAAGGGACAAUUUGAGGAUCAAUAUGUUGAGAUGCUGAGAUGCACAGUCUUUCUGAGCAGAUAAGCAGUUAUCCAGACGUGCAGAGACAUGGAAGGGAAGGAUUUGGACUGUAACUGGAUGCUUAUUUAGUCUGUGCAUUUUUGCUUUCCAGAGGUUUAUGGAGUAAUCUCUUAGGGUAAAAUGUGCUUUGUUAUCAGCAGCUUUUGUCGUGGGUAUAAAUAUAAAAUCAGUGUGAAUCUGGACUUUUUAAAGAGACGAUCAGCUCCAUGUUAAAAGGAAGAAAAAUACUAUAUCUUUUUUUCUUUUUUCUUUCUUUUGCCAAUUAAAUAAGUUUUUAAUCAGUGCUGUGAAACAAAGAAGAUAUAAACUGUUGGAUUUGCUUUACAAGAAGGCAUGAUUUUCACCUCACUUCACCACAAAAAUAUUAACAUUUCCACAUUUCAAAGCUGAAUUCUGAGUCAGAAUCAACAGAUUUGCAGUUUCUCUUUUGCUUUUGAAAAAAAUGUAUCUUCCAUUUCCAUUAAAGAUGAACAGAAAACAAAAUUAAAACAACUUACUUUCUAAAAUAUUAACAAAACAAGCUCAGAGUCUGUGGAAAAUAACUGCAUGUUGCACAGAUAGUUGAGAGUUAUCAUGCAUAAAGUAUGUGCACCAUUGCACAUGUUGACAGACUGAGACGUGUGUCUGCGCUGCAGCAUGUCAAGCUGCUCAGAACUUUAAGUUUGCAUACUUUGAGAGAAUUCAUUGUUAUCAAUAUAUAACAUGUAAACAGUAUUAGUAGUAUUAUUAGUAUUAUUGAUUUUGCAGGACGAGGGGAGAUGCUGACUCAGCUGGUGUUGGGAUGGACUGCCUUGCUCAGUGGCGUCCCGCCUGCAGCUCCCUCCAUCACAACGAGUGAGUGCAAACAUGAGACCAAAGAAACCAGAUCUUAGAUUGAGUAUCAGAGGGUUGGGGGAUUGAUUUUCUAUCAUCUGAUUGAUGAACUUAUUGUUGCAGCUUUAAUUUACAAACCAGACUCAUGCAAAAGCUUUGAGAUUGAAGGAGACUGAGAUUGAGAUUGUUCAUCUGAAUAUCCAAGUGUCUGUGUGUCUGUUUGAAGGACUUUUAUCUAACAGAGGCAGCACUUCGACUCCACGGAGAUGUCAGGUCUUCAUCCCUCCUCCUCUUCCUCCACCUUUGUUUCCUCCCAUCAAACGGAAAGCAGAGAUGAUGGUGAUCCUACACACUUAAACAUUUUUAGAUAUUAUCCUUUAUUAUUUUAAACACUCACUUUGCUGUUGUUUCUUAUGCAUAAAUAUGGUAAGAACACAAAUGUGUCUUUUCUCAUCAGGUGGAUCUCACAGAGCACAUCACAGGACCAAAAGGAGAAAAGGUAGGACAGGUCUCAGUCAGAGAGAGUCACUUCGUAUUUACUAUUUUAUGACCGUCUUUUGACCACAAAACAAUAAAUGCGACAUUUGAGUUUGUAAAAACCCAAAUAUUAAGUGACUCUUGAUUAUUCUUAUUCAUUUUUUCAUGAUCUGACUGCACUAUAAACUUUAAUUGUCUUAUUUUUGAAGGGCUGCAGAGGACCCCGAGGACCAAGGGUACAGAGUGACACACACACUCACACACACAUUUAUACUUUUUAAAAACUAUUUUUUAUUUAAAAAAUUUCCUGUGAAAACCAACAAAUCUUUGAAUGUUGUGGUGUUGCCUUUCUCAUACACCCUCUUAUCCAGCAUUUCCUCCCCAGCUGGAAGUUUUUUUAGUCCAUUUCCUGUUUUUCACAAGUCUGUUAUUUAGCACUCAGUAAUUAGUCGUCUCUUUAUGGGAUAUAUUCCCUCCACAAUGUCAGUCACUGUUUUGGGUUUGGAGAUCAAAAUUCAACCUGUUUCUUGUGAUGGCUCUUCUACAUUUUGAAAUGUAAGUAUGGGGAUUUGAUGUAGAUGUCCUUUUACAUCAUCAAUAAUUCAUAAUGGAAAUAAACUAAUACACAAUGUGGGGUUCCUCUGGGGCCUUGUAACCUAAAGUGUCCUCAAGAAUCUGAAGGACACAGUUUGAAAAAGUUAAAGUUUUAUACAGAACCAGAAAUAAUUGGCAUGAACUUUCACAUCCCACUGAGCAUUUUUGGUCUCAAAGAGGUCUAACAGAUGUAGCCUUGAUGACUGGUCUAAAAUCAGGCUACCACAGGUCUAAAAAUUCAUAAACACAGACCCAUCACCUCAUCCUGUUUUAAACAUUAAGUGGCAAAGAUGUCUUCAAAAGCAACAGGUCAUUAAUAAGAAAUCUGUUGUGUGUGUUUUAGGGUAAACUUGGUGUGGCAGGUCCAGAAGGAGAGCCUGGAUUACAAGGAAUCAUGGGAAAGCUGGGUCAAAAGGUCAGAGAAAGGCUGUCCAUUUCAAUCAGACUCUCAACAAAACAUUCACAUUGAUUUCAGAAUGCAUAGAAGUUGUUUUUCUAAAGCAUUUUUCUGCUGUAAGAGAGUUGCAUAUCUUCAUCCAAAUAUAUAUAGUCAUGAUAAGACAGGAGCUGAAAUGAAGGUUUAGAAAGACACCAAUCUGAAGUAAAUGAUGAUUUUUUUUUUUAGCUGUUAAUCAUUCAUAGUGAAAAAAUUCCUGUUCAUUGUAAGUUUUCACAGUCAUAUGAUUCGGCUGAUUUAAAUUAGAUGUUUGGAAACAUUUUUAUAUGGUUUAUGGUUCUGACCCACCAUGCUGUUGUGAUCUGUUUCCUCAGGGAGAGAAAGGUGACAGAGGCUGGAGAGGUCUGUAUGGAGACAUAGGAACUCCUGGGAUGAUAAAGGUGGAUCUACUUUGUGGUUUUUCAUCACUUGCUGAAUCCGCAACAUGAAAUAUGUUUCCAGCUGUUUUUAAGCAGCAGAGGAUGAACACAUCAGUGCAUCCAUGUGUGCAGAAUCAAGUGUUUUGUUUUUUUAUUCACAGGGCAGUAAAGGACACAGAGGAUUCAGGGUGAGUGACAGCAUGCUUCAUCACUCAAAUACAUUUAUAAAGUGAUUCCUCUCUUUUUCUAACUUUAUUCUUGUCUUUGCUUCAGGGUGAGAAGGGUCUGAAAGGACGCAGAGGACCAAGUGGAGAAAUGGUGAGAGGAAAGUUUCUUUGCUGUUGUAACAAACAAAUGAAUCAAAACUUCUGUACCAAUAUGUUUGUUUCUUCAGGGUGAGCCUGCAGUCCCAGGGGAACCAGGAGAGAAGGUAGGAGACUGAAAUCUCAUGUUUAGGGACAUCUGAGUUUACCAAAGUUCAAAUGAAAGUGCCUGAUGACACAUUUUAAUAAUAAUAAUAAUACCUAUUAUUUAUAUAGCGCUUAAAGACAUCUGUUUGUGUCAUGGUGUUCUUGUUUUGUGCUUCUUGAGGGCGACCUAGGUCAGUGGGGCGAUCGAGGGCAGAAGGGCGAGGAAGGAGCCCGAGGACAGACUGGAGUCAGAGGGAGUAUGGUGGGUGUUUAAAGACGGUCAUCACUGACAUUUUCUUCAAUACUCUCAGGAAAAUUUAUCAUCUAAAUGUGAGGAAGAGAGAGAGAAAAUAUUCAACCGUUUUCCAGCUACAAAUUACUACUUUAGUCCUUGGUUUGCAAGUGAAGGAGAAGUGUGAGCUUUGUUUUAUGCAUGCACAAGUAUUUAUGAAGCCAUGCUAUAUUUUUGAGUGAACUGUGGUUAAACAGAUGGUUUAACUGGAAAUAAAGGAGUCAAGCCCUGCAGCCUCAGUGAAUAAGUAAGUAAGUACUAAAACAUCACUGCUGUUCACUGAAACAGUCUGGUGGAGAUUUUGCAGAAUUUGUUGAACCUGUCAGUCAUUUAGUUUCCAUAAUAUAUGAAAUCUGAGGUCAGAAUUAAAGAUGCUGGGAUCUCCAUCUCUGUUUUUAGAGUGUUAGGUGUAAGUAUUGUGAAAGUGUUGCUAAAUAACCAAAUACUAUCGCACAGUUGUGUUAAAAUAUGCAGUAUUUGGUAGAUCUGGCGUUUGUGGGAAUGAUGAAAACUAGAAAGAGAGAAAAAGUACAGGUAUGUUUGAUAUCGACAGUUUAUCAGUCAGUUUGAUCAUGACUUCUCACUUGUAGGGGCUGAAAGGAUCUCGAGGACCUACAGGGCAGAGUGGUCACCCAGGUCCUGGAGGAUUCCAUGGUCUGACUGGAGAUCCAGGUCUACCAGGGCAAGGUGAGUGGAAGCAGAAAGGUCAGAAGUCAAACUUCGUAAUGCUACAAUAGAAGAUUUUCAAAGCGUGGAAAACUGGAGAAAGAAAUGAAGAAAAAAGUGAUCAUACUGCCGGCUUUGUAAACAUCAGCUCUGUGACUCUAAAUGUAAACUGAUAUUUUGUGUUGUAGUUUUUAUACUUCCAGGUCUGGAGGGAGACACAGGAGACCCAGGACCUUCAGCCAAAUGCAACUGUUCAAACAUCCCCAAAUCCUCUAAACCACUGCUCGACAAAGUCAACAUGGUCAGCGCCGUGUCCAACAUACUGUUAAAUUUAUCUCUGUGAAAGGGUUUUACUGUAAGAUAUCAGUGCUUUGUUUAAAAGGCUCGUAUAUGUCGCUCUGCAGAUCUUUAUAGCAGACGGAGAAAAACAGAUGAGGAGGCUUCGUGGAGAGAACGUAAUGGUGCUGAGGACGGACAGAAACGCUCUGUACAUCUAUGCUGAAUCUCAGUGGAUCAAUGUUCUGGUAAAUAUUGCUGGAGAGAUAUAAAGCACUCAAAAACACAGAAAUAUAGAGUACAUGACAUUAUUGUUCUACAAAAAGCUGGACAACAGCGAAACAUAAAGGAACAUGAAAAACAGAGACAAGAAAGACAGAGCAACAUUUUCUGUAAUCCAGUCCACUGACAAACUAGGUGUUGCAGUUCUUUAUCAGUAUUAAAUUGACUCUCUUUGCUGUCUUAAUUUGCUGCUCUCUGUCUGCACCUGCAGGAGGAUUCCAGACACUGACUGAACUAUCUGCUUUAAAAACAGGCUGAAGUGCCUUUGAGCAAAAAAACCUUAAACCUCAACAGAAGAGCUGCUUGGUGACCAAACUGGGAGGAUUCACCUGAUCAUCUUAUGUGUAUUCAUGUCAAUAAAGGUUGAUCUGUCCUCUUUA